AUGAUGCUGCCCUGGCGUCCCAUUCAAACUCAACUCGCCAAGAGAAUGCUCGGCGGCUAUCUUCCCGAAAUCGGCUCCGUCGAGAAGCUCAAGAAAGACACACUCGUCUCGCACGUUAUUGGCAGCAGCAACGAUAAAAGAAACCAUCUUGGACGAUACAAAAAAGCUGUGAACAAACCGGAGUUAGCUCCCCGUUGCGCGAAAAGAAUGUGUUCCAAACCAGCCAGUCUCGGUGGACAUUUUGCUGAAUUCGCUGACUUGGAAGAAGAGGAGAAAGAAACGGCCUCCCCGACUUUUACUUCACUCUGGCUCGCUUCAAUUUGGUGGGAGGCCGGAUAUCAACAGGGCCGCGGCGAGUCCAAAUAUCCUUCAUGCAAUGAGAUCAGAAUGGCAAUGAAGGCAAAGAAGACAUUUGAGGAUUACCAGCUGCCGGAUUGCGACGCGAGCGGGCUUUGGACACCUCUUCAAUGCUCGGACAAAAACUGCUGGUGCGUGUUUGUUGAUUCUGGCUACCGCAUUCAGCGCGUGCCGUUUGGUGAAGUUGACAGCAUGCUCAUUUGUCCGAAACUCUACCUCUUCGGAACUGAUCCAUGCAAUGUCGCACAAACCCCCUUGUUCACAUGUCGCAAUGUGCGUUCUUCUAAGCAGAAAUGGAUCUACAAUUCGAUCUCCAAGAAAUGCGAAGUUCAAGAAAGCUGCACUGGCUUUGCUUCUGCGCAAGAAUGCUCCAAUACUUGCGAUCCGGUGCCAAUGUCCUUGUGUACGAUGCCGUUGAAUCGAGGGAAUUGCUCAUCCGAGCCCUUGAAUCCGCUCAUUGCGCCGUCCGCGGAGGAUGAGCUCUCCAAAUUGACCCAAGAACGUUACUACUUCCAUCAAGGCAAAAACGCUUGUGUCAAGUUUGACUCUGGUAACUGUGGCGGCAACUCCAACAACUUUAAAAGCAGUCUCGAAUGCCUCGGAACCUGUAUUAAAGACACCACUGUAACUGUACAAGCUCGAAUUGGUCAACAGCUGGUGAGUUUGCAGCUCCCCGCAUGGCUGGUCAUCGAGCUUGAUCUGUCAGAAACCGAGGCCCGUGACAUUCCUCCAGAGCUGCUACCGAUGGUGUUUCAGUACGCCAGGCAGCCUUUCUUAUCUGCGCCUCAGCAAGCAGGGCCGAGCAACAGUGGCGAGAUGGAGGUGGUUGGAAUGCGACUACUUGGGUCGCAACAAGGCAUCUCUGCUAGAACUGCGGACAGAGACUCAUUGAUGGACAUGCGAGAGAAGCCGGCUAGGUGUAUGGCAAAAACAAUGCCAGGCGAAUGCCGUGCCUACGUCCCAGCUUGGUACUAUGACAAAGAGGAAGAUGCUUGCAAGGUGUUUGUCUGGGGUGGCUGCUGGGGACGUCUCGAUCGAGAGAUGCAAAAUAACUUCAUGGAUAAAACUACUUGCGCAGAGACAUGCUCGAGUAUUGAUCGCUCGAGAAACCCAUCUGAUUUCCGCGAUUUCCUGCUGCGAGGAGAUGACGAGAGCCUCGCCCAAAUCAACCAGCCGCAGAUGAAUGUCGGGGUUCCGCCCAUGGCAAUCCCUUACGAAAUGGUUGGUGAGCAGCGAGCGCAGCUCGAGAAUCUGAUGAUGCUCGGAUGA